AUGCCCUCGUUUUUCUGUAUUCCGUUGGCAUGUAAUCGUCAAGUAGACUCACUAGAUCGCCGGCAGAACAAUCUUCAGUCCGUACCUCAUGAGAUUGAUCGUUACCGCGGACUUGAAGAACUGCUGCUAGCGAUGAAUCAUAUUAAGGAAUUACCGAAGACUCUAUUUCGGCUUACGAAACUUCGUCUGUUGGAUCUUAGCGACAAUGAUAUUUUUUGUGUGCCACCUGAAAUAGCUUCUUUGUGCAAUCUUAUAGAGCUAAACCUUAGCAGGAAUGGCAAGUUGUCAAAUAUUUCUGAUCUGCCAGAACAGUUGAAAGAAUGUAAAAUGCUCAUGAUUUUAGACCUAAGUUCAAACCCAAUCACGAGGUUGCCGGAAGCGAUAGCGCAUUGCGUCUCAUUGACGCAUCUUGGUUUAAAUGACGUGUCGCUAACUCAGCUACCAGCAGAUAUAGGACAGUUGGUCAAUCUUCGAUCUUUGGAGGCUCGUGACAACUUGAUCAGAGCACUUCCAGCUAGUAUUACGCUUCUAAAGAAUUUGCAAAUCAUCGACCUUGGUCAGAAUGAACUGGAUCAGCUACCGGCUGAAAUGGGUUGCCUGGAAUCAUUGCGAGAGUUGUACGUGGAUUCCAAUGAUCUGGAGAGACUUCCUGAGCAGAUAACAAAGUGUCGGCAUUUGGAGCAACUUGACGCAAGUGAAAACCGUCUGACUACAUUACCUGAAGAAUUUGGGGACCUUUCAAUGCUGACAGACGUCAAUCUUUCUGACAACGAACUACAGACUAUUCCAAAUUCUAUAGGACGCUUGAAGAAGCUGACUAUUCUAAAGCUUGAAAAAAAUCAUAUUUACCACUUGACACAAGCUAUCGGAAGCUGUGAGCAAUUGACGGAACUCUUUCUUACCCACAAUUUAUUGCAAGAGUUGCCGUCGUCCAUUGGAAAUUUACGCAAUUUGAAGAAUUUAAACGUGGACCAAAACAAACUCUCGGCCAUACCAUCAACGAUAGGUGGUUGUACCUCGUUGACAGUGUUGUCCUUGAGAGAGAAUGAAAUUACGGAAAUACCUAUGGAUAUUGGGAAGUGCGAGAAAUUAACUGUUCUUGAUUUGUGCAAUAAUCGUCUCAGUUAUUUGCCUUUUACUAUCAAUGUUCUGUUUAAACUCCAAGCACUAUGGCUAAGUGAAAAUCAGUCGCAAGCCAUGUUGAAACUUCAAGUAGAACGAGAUCCCCGUACUGGUGUUAAAGUGCUGUCCUGUUAUUUGUUACCACAACUUAGUGCUCAUCCCCAAAAUGAUCGUUCUGGUCAGAACAGAGCGUUUAUUGGUGGUCCCAAGGUGCACUUCCCAGACCAGGAUGCUACCAUAGACGAAGAAAAGUUGCCAAUUGGCCAGUUCGAACGUCACGAUACACCUCAUCCAAAGCCACAGAAGCUCAAAAAAAGCAGUAUAGAUGGUCAUGUGAUUCAUCACGAUGGGCAGAAUCAAGCAAGUUUCUUUUCUACUUUUUCUCAUACACAGUCGAGAGGUUUUCGAAAGUUCUCAUUGUACUUUUUUUUCCAUUUUCUUAAAUUUUUUUUAAGACUUCAAAUUCCAAGUACAUGGUUUUAA